UGACGUGUGCCAAGGUAAGCAAGAUAAAUUGUUGAACAAAGUGCAUCUACAAUGGAAUGCUGCUGAUUUUCACCAAAGAGCAGGCUGGGGAGAGCACACUUGCAGAAGCAUUGAUCUCUGGGGGUUCUGAAGGCUGGAAAAAGCAAAAAUCCUAAAAUUUGCACCAUGAAGACCUUCAGAAAUGUCUUCUAUCUUCUCUUCUUUCAUGCUGCUCUUGGCCUGGAACGUAUUCGGUGGUGCACUGUCUCCAAGCAAGAACUUUCCAAGUGUAAUGACAUGAGUAAGGCCUUUGAUGGGGCUGGCAUCCUUCCCCCUCUGCAGUGUACAGAAGGGGGGUCAGCUGCUAACUGUACCCAGAUGAUCAAGGAUGAUUUGGCAGAUGCAGUGACACUGGAUGGACGUUUGAUUUACCAGGCUGGAAAGGAGCAUGGUCUGAAACCUGUGGUUGGGGAAGUAUAUGAUCAAGAGAUUGGAACUUCCUAUUAUGCCGUGGCUGUGGUACGGAAAAGCUCCAACAUCACCAUCAACAGCUUGAAGGGAGUCAGUUCAUGUCACACAGGCAUCAACAGAACUGCAGGCUGGGAUGUGCCAGUGGGUUAUCUGGUUGACAGCGGGCGCCUGGCAGCAAUGGGAUGUGACCUUCCAAAAGCUGUAAGUGACUAUUUCAAUGCAAGCUGUGUUCCUGGAGCAAAUGGUGUAAACUAUCCCAAAUCCCUCUGUCAGCUCUGCAAAGGGGAUUCGGCUGGGCAGAACAAAUGUGAACGAAAUUCCCAAGAGCAAUACUAUGACUACAGCGGGGCUUUCAGGUGUUUGGCUGAAGGUGCUGGAGAAGUUGCUUUUGUGAAGCACAGCACGGUGCCUGAAAAUACAGAUGGAAGAAGUCUUUCUUCGUGGGCCCAGCGGCUUCGCUCCCGGGACUUCCAGCUUCUAUGCCGCAAUGGCAACACAGCUGAUGUGACAGAGUGGAGAACAUGCCACCUGGCCCGAAUUCCAGCUCGUGCUGUGGUUGUACGGCCUGAUACAGAUGGGACAGUUGUCUUCCGGCUCCUGAAUCAGGGACAACAAAGAUUUAAUGGGUUAGGCACCAAGUUUCAGAUGUUUGACUCUGCAGCCUACAGUGCCCAGAAUCUUCUGUUCAGAGACUCCACCACAGAGCUCACUGCAAUCACAGCUCAGAAUUACCAGGCAUGGCUGGGUGAUGAGUAUCUUCACGCCAUGCAAGCCCUGAGCUGUGACCCCAACACGUUGCCAGAAAGCUUGAACUGGUGUGUUGUAUCCACUGAGGAGAUAUGGAAAUGUGGUGAAAUGGCCAUUGCCUUUAAGAAAAAGAAUUUGAAACCAGCAAUUCAGUGUAUUUCAGCCAAGACAAAGGAACAGUGCAUGGAGCUGAUCCAGAAAAAGGAAAGUGAUGCUGUAGUUCUGGGUGGAGCUGAUAUUUACACAGCUGGGAAGACAUAUGGCCUUGUACCAGCUGCUGGAGAAAGUUACUCUGCUGAUGACAGCAGCAAUGCAUACUAUGCUGUGGCAUUAGUGAAACGAAAUACGUCCAAUGCAUUCACAAUCAGUGACCUGAAAGGGAAGAAGUCCUGCCACACAGGACUGGGGAGAACUGCUGGAUGGAAUAUCCCCAUUGGUAUACUGAUUAAGAGGGGUGUUAUUAAGACCAGAGACUGCAAUAUUCCUCAAGCUGUGAGUGAGUUUUUCUCUGCCAGCUGCGUGCCUUCAGCUAAGCAGGACAAUUACCCAUCAAAACUCUGUCAGCUAUGUAUUGGAGAUAAUAGUGGAAACAAUAAAUGCAGUGCAAGUAGCCAAGAACGUUAUUACAGCUACAGUGGAGCCUUCAGGUGCCUGGCACAGGACUCGGGGGAUGUGGCCUUUGUGAAGCACUCGACAGUGUUUGAGAACACAGAUGGUAAGAAUACUGAUAGUUGGGCCCAAAAGUUGAAGUCCAGUGAUUUCCAGUUACUGUGUCCAAAUGGUGCCCGUGCUGAAGUCACACAGUUUGCUGAGUGUCACCUGGCUCGGGUGCCAGCUCAGGCCAUUAUGGUUCACCCAAAUACCAGUGUUUUUGCUCUCUAUGGACUACUGGACAAAGCCCAGGUCUACUUUGGAAAUAGCAGCAAUGGAAAUGGAUUCAAAAUGUUUGAUUCUUCAACUUUUCAAGGAAAAGACUUGAUCUUUAAGGAUUCUGCUAUUAAGAUCGUGCCAGUAGAAGAGAGGAGGACAUAUGCAGAAUGGCUGGGGAGUGAAUAUAUUGAGUCCCUUGAAGGGAUGCAAACACCACAGUGCUCUGGGGCAGGUAAUAAGACAAGACAGUACCUCCUCAUGACUACUGUUGUUCCCCUUCUUACUUUAUGUCAGAUACAAGGCUUGGACUAG